AAUCAAUAGAACAAUAUAAUCAUAGUAUUAAUAAAAUAAUUCAAUAUCGUUAAUUAUCACAUUCGAUAUCAGUAAUAAUAAGAAAUUCAGAAUAUGUUUUUGUUUUAUUCAUAUGUCAAAAAUGUCUUAGAUAACACAUACCAUAAAAAACGUGCAAUAAAAACCUUCUUCUACUUUAUUUCUUUCCAGAAGUUUUUUCUUUGUCAAAAUGCCAUCUGUUCUGUCAAUUAAUGUAAAAAAAAUCAAACCCUGUGACAUUUUCAUCUAAUUCCAACCCAAAACUUAUUGGUAUCAAUGUUUGACAGCAAUCCUAAGUGAAUAAGAAUACACAAUAAGCAUUUUUUUUUGUCAUCAGCUACCAAGCUGUGUAGUGAUUUCCUACAGUAAAAUCGAAUCAAGUGUCACUCAUAAAAAAACACCCACCAGAUGGCAAUUAACUUUAUAAAUCUUCACUGAUCCACACUUAUCCAUUCGUUUCAAGAAUAAUCUCCCAUAGUCAGGUAAGUAAAGCCAAACUCUUUAUCUCUCGAAAUGCGUAUUAACCAGACGGCUGUUACUUUAGCUAUAGUUAAACGAGAUUCCGAUAAUGAUCCCGAUUCCGAGUAUGAAACGGCAAUGGAAGAAAUUGAGUCAAGGAAAAAAACAUGCAAAGCCUUAGAGUACGCUGGUCAUGCAACAGGGCUCGUCACUGACUUGAUAGGUGAUAUCCCAGAAAUCCCUCUAGUUACAGAUGGGGCCAAAAUAGUAACUUCAGGAAUUGCUGCUAUAGCACAUGUAGCGGAAUUCGGAAUGAACAUUGCAGCUACAGCCAUGGAAUGUGAUGAUGUCAAUUUCGAUGAGAUCAAAUUAAUUAUGGAUAAACGGUUUAAUGAAGUUGAUAGAAAGCUUGACAAAAUGACAGAAGCGAUGGAAAAAGUAACAGAAAUGGUGACUAAAACAUUAACUACCGUUGAACAAACCAGAGUAGAUAUGAAAUGGGGAUUCAAAACAGUACUAAAAACGUUAAGAAAUAGCGAAAUACAAACAAUACUAUUUAAAAUUAAAGAUUUUUCUCGAUAUUUUGAAAAAAGUAGAAACGAAAUAAGCAUACUCCCUGCAUAUCAGUUCGUUUUUCGUCUAAAACAGAAAGACGGUAUUCUUGAUUAUUUAAAAAAAGUCAGAAUGCCAAGAGGUUUGCAUUCAUAUUUGUUUGAACUCAUGGAUAAAAACAAUAAUUUUGCUAUUCCAAAAGAAGCUGAUGAUUCUAAAGCAUUUCAAGCUUUAUAUGCCUUAUUUUACGGAACUCAAACCUACGUAUCGAUUAUGUUUUUUCUUCUGAAACAGCAUUCUUAUCUCGCUGAUUAUUACUAUCAAAGAGGACAAGACAAGGAAUUCAACGAAGAAUUCGAUAUUUUAGCAACCACAUUCAGCGAAUUCAAAGCAUCUCUUACUGGAACCAACGGCUUAAUUAAUGAAGUUGUCAAGACGUUAGAAGACGUAAAAAAUAAAUAUUUUAUUAGCGAUGUUAAUAAUGAAUUAUAUGCUGAUAUCUCCAAAAGAAUAGAUGGGUUAACUGACCUCAAAACCAAUAUUUCACAAAUGACUCUAACUGUCAUAGAAGACACACCGGAACCUGUAAUUGAUAUCGAUUUUAAUAAACCUGAUAUUGCAUCCAACUAUGGCGAUUGGGAUGAUAAAUCUAGAGUAAGGUAUGCUGUUCAGUUAAGAAUGGAUGGAACUUAUUCAAAAUUUAGUGAGUGGACAGAGCCGCUGAAAGUAGAUGGAAAAGCAAACCCUACACUGCAUAUUUCCAGGGAUGAAAAAGGCAGAGAAAGGCUUGUUUUUCGAAAGUUUAAUGAAGAGAAACCUCAGCUAGUAGGAAUUUUAAGAAAAUCGCAAACGGAACUUCGAGACAUUGAUCGAGAUCUUUAUGAUGCUGCGAGAAGCAAAGAUCAAACUAAACCAUUACAAUAUAUACCUAUUUUACUGGAAGCUGGAGCAAAUAUGACUGCAGUUUUUGAAAGGAAAAGAAACAUUAUGCAUGCUGCCGCUGAAAGUGGAAAUGUAAAGAUUGCUAUGAGGUUUCUUUUGGACGUAAAAAAAGAAUUAUUUGAUGCUAGCGAUGAAAAAGGGUAUACAGCGAUGCAUGUUGCUGCUAGUACUAAAAAUGCCGGUUUCGUGAGCUUUUUGCUUACCCAUGAUGCAAACGUAAAUGCCCAAACUAAUUUGGAUAAAUUAACUGCAUUGCAUAUCGCAGCAAAAAAAGGUUACUUUAAAACAGUUAAAAACUUACUUUCAAGCAAUAAAAUAGAAAUCAAUAUACCCGAAAAAUCAGGAUACACACCUCUACAUUACGCUGUUCAAGGAACAUCAAAAACCCUUAAGUUGCUUCUUGAUGACGAUAAAAUUUUAGUUAACGCCAAGUCAGAUUUUGGCUUGACUCCUUUCCACUUGGCUGUUAUGAAAGGUGAUCGAAGAAUCUGUGAUGCUUUGUUAAGUAGUGGCAAAGUAGAGGUAAACGCUGGAAAUAUAAACAACAUGACGCCUCUUCACUUCGCAGCAAUGGCGGGAAAUGUAGACAUGAUACAAUAUCUUCUAUCAGGAAAGGAUGAAGUCAAAGAAGUUAAUAUCAACGUAGUAACUUCUGAUAAUAAUUGGACACCCCUCUAUUCAGCUGUUUAUUUCAAACAGGAAAGUGCUGUCCUUGAAUUACUCAAGUACGAAAAGACUGACCUUACAAUACCUUCCAAGGAAAAUUACACGCCUCUGCAUCUUUCUGUUGCAACUGGUCAAAUGAAUGUUUUCGAUGAAUUAUUAAAGAAAGGCUCUAAUAUAGAAUCAUUAACAAAAGAGAAGUUUACUGCUCUGCAUCUUGCAGCUUUUCGAUCAGAAAAGGAUUUUACUGCAAAAUUGCUGGAUAAAAAUGCUAACAUAAAUGCAAUAUCCGAUGAUGGUUCUACUCCUUUACAUUUGGCUGCAAAAGCAGAUAGGACAGAUCAAAUGUUACUUUUAAUCAAUGGAGGCGCAGAUAUGAAGCUUUAUGAUAGCAAAAACUUUUUACCACUUCAAUAUGCUAUUAAAAAUAUGAAUUUGAAAACUAUAGAAGCAGCCGUAAAUAAAGAUCCGAGUAUUGUCGAUGGUAAUUCUAAAGAGGGGAAAAUAAUAAUGAAAUAUUCUGUUGACUUUAUUUUCGCUAGCACUUAUCAUUACCAUAAAAACAAAGAUUUUGUUGAAUAUGAAGAAUAUAAAGAUUUUUUACCAUUGGAAGUUUUUCAGAAAUUAGGUUAUUUUGAUUUAUUAAAAAUCGUAGCAAAUGAUCCCAAAGCAGAAGUUUCAAUUAACCAAACAAUUGCAACUGCUGACAAAUUGGGAGAAUGGUGCGUGAAAAAAGAAAAAGACCCUGAAGCAACGCAUUGUAAAAUCAUAGACGUUCGGUCUAGACGUAAUAUUGAGGCUCAUGAUUCAUAUACUUAUCAGCCUAAAUAUUUUCUACGUAAUGCGUCCACCAAUUCUAAGAUUAUUGGCAAUUCUAACUCCCUGUCAGCAAAUCCAAGCAGGGACUACAAAUCUUUUUCCCAGUCUGGAAGCUCAAUGGUUCAGGAUAUCGACACAAAUGGAAUGUUACUAUUGUUUGAUAUACUAGUCAGAAAAUUUACGAACGAGAAAUAUAAUUUGAGUGCCGAUAAACCGAUAACCACUUUGGAAUCACAAGCUGCAGCAUUGGAAGUCAUUGAUAAAUUUAGUGCUUUUGUAGAUUCUGUCAGUGAUGUACCAACAGAAGAGUUAAUAGAUCUCGCUAAAUUGCACUCAGAAGUAUACAAAUCAUUAGAAAGUGGAAACAGCAACAUGAUUUAUUAUCUUUUAUGUCAGCAUUUAAGAGAUAUUGCAGAAGCGGAUCAAGUUGCAACUUUCUUAUCAAGUAUCAAGAUCGACAAUGGAGAUCAAAGUCAAGAAAAUUCUAUUAAAACUUUAGUACAAUAUUGUUUAACAGAAGCUGAUGAGGGUACUACAUUCAGAACAGCACUUUGUAGACAGGUAAGCAAACUUAAAAUUAAAAACAUGCGUAUUAAUCAAACGGUUGUAGUGUUAGCUGUGGCUAAAAGAGAUGCCGAUAAUAAUUCCGAAAACGAUCCUGAAUAUGACAAAGCAAUGGAAGAAAUUGAAUCACGGAAAAACACAUGCAAAAAAUUGGAGUACGCUAAACAUGGAACGGAACUCGUCACUAAUUUAAUUGGUGAUAUUCCGGACAUCCCUCUUGUUACAACUGGUGCAAAAGUAGUAACUUCAGGUAUAGCUGCUGCAACACACAUAGCCGAGUUUGGAAUAAACAUUGCCGCCACGGCCAUGGAAUGUGAUGAUGUGAAUUUCGAUGAGAUUAAAUUAAUUAUGGAUAAAAGAUUUAAUGAAGUGGACCGGAAGCUUGACAAACUGACAGAGGCAAUGGAAAAAGUAACAGAUAUGGUGACUAAAACGUUAAGUACCGUUGAAAAAACAAGACAGGAGAUGGAAUGGGGAUUUAAAAACGUGCUAGUAACGUUAAAAAACCAUGACAUACAAGCAAUAAUAAGUAAAAUUAGCAAGUUUUCUCGAUACUUCGAAGAAAAGAAAGACGAGGUAAGUAAGCUUCCAGCUGACCAAUUCGUUUUCCGCUUAAAGCAGAAAGACGGUAUAUUAGAUUACUUGAAAAAGGUAAGAUUGCCGGAGGGUUUGCAUUCUGAUUUGUUCGAACUCAUGGAUAAAAAUACUAAUUUUUCAAUUCCCGAAAAUGCAAACGACUCCAAAGCAUUUCAAGCUUUAUAUGCCUUAUUCUACGGAACACAAACGUACGCAUCGGUUAUGUUUUUUCUUCUUAAACAACAUUCUUAUCUUGCUGAUUAUUACUAUCAAAGAGGACAAGACAAAAAAUUCAACGAAGAAUUCGAUCUUUUGGUAACUACUUUUAAUGAAUUUAAAACGUCUCUUACAGGAACCAAUGGUCUGAUUAAUGCUGUAGUUGCUACCUUAGAUAAUGUAAAAAAUAAACGAUUCAUUAAAUUUGUCAAUGAUCAGCUGUAUAAAGAUAUUUCUAAAAGAAUAGAUGGGUUAAAAAACCUCAAAUAUGGUAUAACAAAAAUGAGGUUAGCUGUCAUAGAAGAUACACCGGAACCAGUAGUUGAUAUAGAUUUUAAUGAGCCUGAUAUUAGGUCAAACUAUGGUGAUUGGGAUGAUAAAUCUAAAGUAAGGUACGCUCUCCAAUUCAGAGUUGAUGGAAUUUAUUCUAAAUUUAGUGAAUGGACUGAGCCUCUGAAAAUAGACAGGAAAGCAAAUCCAACCAUACAUAUCUCCAUAGAUGAAAAAGGAAGAGAAAGACUCGUUUUUCGAAAAUUUAAUGAAGAGAAACCUCAACUAGCUAAAGUUUUGACAAAAUAUGAGUCGGAAUUUCGAGACAUUGAUCGAGAUCUUUACAACGCUGCAAGAAGCAAAGAUGAAACAAGACCAUUACAAUAUAUACCUUCUUUACUGAAUGUCGGGGCAAAUAUUGAUGCAGUUUUCGAAAUGAAAAGAAGCGUAAUGCAUGCUGCCGCUGAAAGCGGGAAUGUAAAGAUUGCAAUGCGGUUUCUUUUGGACGUAAAAAAAGAAUUAUUUGAUGCUGUCGAUGAAAAGGGGUAUACAGCGAUGCAUGUUGCUGCUAGCACUAAAAACGCUGGUUUCAUAAAUUUUUUAAUUACCCAUAAUGCAGAUGUAAAUGCCCGGACAAAUGCAGACAAGUUAACAGCAUUGCACAUAGCAGCAAAAAGAGGUCACUAUAACACAAUUAAAAAUUUGCUUGCUAGUGAUAAAAUAGAAAUAAAUAAACCAGAAAAAUCAGGAUACACACCUCUACAUUACGCUGUUCGAGGCACACCAAAAGCUCUUAAGAUUUUGCUUGAUGACGAUAAAAUUUCAGUAAACGCUAAGUCAAAUUUUGGCUUGACUCCUUUCCACUUGGCUGUUAUGAAAGGUGAUCGAGGAAUCUGUGAUGCUUUGUUGAGUAGUGGUAAAGUAGAAGUGAACGCUGGGAAUAAAGACAAUGUGACGCCGCUGCACUUUGCAGCGAUGGCGGGAGAUGUGAAUAUGGUUCAGUACCUUCUCUCAGGGAAAAAGGAAGUGGAAGAAGUAAAUAUUAAUGCACUAACAUCCGAAAAUAAUUGGACACCCCUUCAUUUUGCUAUUUAUUUAAAGCAAGAAGAAGCCACCUUUGAAUUACUGAAGAAUGAGAAAGUUGAUAUUAGUGUAACUUCAAAAGAAAAUUACACUCCUCUCCAUCUUUCUAUUGCAACUGGUCAAUUGAAAAUUUUCGAUGAAUUAUUAAAGAAAGGCUCUAAUAUAGAAUCAUUAACAAAGGAGAAGUUUACGGCUCUCCAUCUUGCGGUUUUGAGAUCAGAAAUGGAAUUUACCACAAAGUUGCUGGAUAAAAAUGCUAGAAUAAAUGCAGUAUCCGAUGAUGGUUCUACUCCUUUACAUUUGGCUGCAAAAGCAGAUAGAACAGAUCAAGCUGUACUUUUAAUAAGUAGAGGAGCGAAUAUGAGACUGUAUGAUAGCAAAAACUUUUUACCUCUUCAGUACGUUAUUAAGAAUAUGAAUUUUGAAGUUUUGAGAGCGGCUGCCAAUCAAGAUCCAAGUAUAGUUGAUUUAAAUCAAGGAGAGGGCAAAGCUUUAGGAGAAUAUUGCGGAUCCUUUUUAAUCGAGAAAAUGUAUUAUUACUACAAGAAUAAAGAUUCAGUUGAAUACAGUAAGUAUAAAGGUUUGCAACUACUUGAUGUUUUCAAAAAAUUAGGUUUAUAUGAUUUAUUAAGAAUUCUAGGAAAAAAUGAUACAAGUCCCCAUAAAGAAGACGCAAUUAAAUUUGCCCUUGCAGCUGCUAGCUCAGUGGCAACACAGUGUAUCAAAGACAACAGAGAGACAUGCCCCUUUACUGGAGUUCGUUAUAAACGGAGUAUUGAAAAAUCUUAUUUUGAUUACUAUCAGUAUCUGCCUAAAUUACAGCCUUUAAACUUUGCACAGAAUGCUUUCAAUAUUUUCAAGAUUGUAAGUAGUACAAAUCAGCUAGAGGCUAAACAAACUAAUAACUACCAAUCUUUUUCGCACUCCAUAACACCAAUAGUGCAAAAUGUUGAUACGAACGGAAUAUUGCUGUUGUUUGAUAUACUAAUCAGAAAAUUUACGAACGAGAAAUAUACUAUGAAUGUCAAUAAAUCGACAUCCACUUUGGAAUCUCAAGCUACGGCAUUAGAAGUCAUUGAUAAAUUUAGUGCUUUUGUAGAUUCUGUUAGUGACGUACCAGCGGAAGAGCUAAUAGAUCUCGCUAAAUUGCACUCAGAUGUUUACAAAUCAUUAGAAAGUGGAGACAACAAUAUAAUUUUCGAUCUAUUCUGUCAGCAUUUAAGAAAAAUUGUAGAUGAGGAGCAAGUUGCAGCUUUCCUAUCAAGUAUCAAAACUGACAAUGAGGAUCAAAAUCAGGAAAAUUCUGUUAAUACUAUGAUACAAUAUUGUUUGUCGGAAGCUUACACUGCACCCUAA